AUAUCUGGAAACAUGGCUACUGAACAUGUUAAUGGGAAUGGUACUGAAGAGCCCAUGGAUACUUCUGCUGCAGUUACCCAUUCUGAGCAUUUCCAGACAUUGCUUGAUGCUGGUUUACCACAGAAAGUUGCUGAAAAACUAGAUGAAAUUUACGUUGCAGGGCUAGUUGCACACAGUGAUCUAGAUGAAAGAGCUAUUGAAGCUUUAAAGGAAUUUAAUGAAGAAGGUGCAUUGGCAGUACUUCAGCAGUUUAAAGACAGUGAUCUUUCACAUGUUCAGAAUAAAAGUGCCUUUUUGUGUGGAGUCAUGAAAACAUAUAGACAGAGAGAAAAACAGGGGACCAAGGUGGCAGACUCUAGCAAAGGACCAGAUGAGGCAAAAAUUAAGGUAUGUGUCUAUAAUAAUCAUGAAAUUCGUUCUGGAAAACACAUUGGUGUAUGCAUCUCUGUUGCCAAUAAUAGGCUUUUUGUUGGCUCUAUUCCUAAGAGUAAAACCAAGGAACAGAUUGUUGAAGAAUUUAGUAAAGUAACAGAGGGUCUCACAGAUGUCAUAUUGUAUCAUCAACCGGAUGACAAGAAAAAGAACAGGGGUUUUUGUUUCCUUGAAUAUGAAGAUCACAAAACUGCUGCUCAGGCCAGACGUAGGUUAAUGAGUGGAAAAGUGAAAGUCUGGGGAAAUGUUGUCACAGUUGAAUGGGCUGACCCUAUAGAAGAUCCAGAUCCUGAAGUUAUGGCAAAGGUGAAAGUGCUCUUUGUGCGUAACCUUGCCAAUACUGUAACAGAGGAGAUUCUAGAAAAGGCCUUCAGUCAAUUUGGAAAAUUAGAGCGAGUGAAGAAACUAAAAGAUUAUGCUUUCAUUCAUUUUGAUGAACGGGAUGGUGCUGUAAAGGCAAUGGAAGAAAUGAAUGGCAAAGAUUUAGAGGGAGAAAAUAUUGAAAUUGUGUUUGCUAAGCCACCAGAUCAAAAAAGAAAAGAACGGAAAGCUCAGAGGCAAGCAGCUAAAAAUCAAAUGUAUGAUGAUUACUAUUAUUACGGUCCACCUCAUAUGCCCCCACCAACACGAGGUCGAGGUCGAGGAGGUAGAGGUGGUUAUGGAUAUCCUCCUGAUUAUUAUGGAUACGAAGAUUAUUAUGAUUAUUAUGGCUAUGACUACCAUAACUAUCGUGGUGGAUAUGAAGAUCCUUAUUAUGGUUAUGAAGAUUUUCAAGUUGGAGCUAGAGGAAGGGGUGGUAGAGGAGCAAGGGGUGCUGCUCCAUCCAGAGGUCGCGGGGCUGCUCCUCCCCGUGGCAGAGCCGGUUAUGCACAGAGAGGUGGUCCUGGAUCAGCAAGAGGCGUUCGUGGUGCGAGAGGAGGUGCCCAGCAACAAAGAGGCCGCGGGCAGGGAAAAGGGGUCGAGGCCGGUCCUGACCUGUUACAAUGAAGACUGACUUGCUAUGUGGGAUUACACCAGAAGCUUGCAGUGGAGUAAUGGUAAGGAAAUCAAGCAACCUUAAGUAUCUCGGCUGUAUAGGAGCAUAUUCUAUUGCAGAAGACCUUCCUGCGAAGAUCAUGGAUUCAAAUAUGGGACAUUUUGAACUAAUACUUGGACUUUGAUAUGAAUUUCUUUAACAGUUUUCUCUGCAGUGCAAAUUAUUAAACUAAAGCUACUCUAUUACCCCAAUGUGUUCAACAAAAUCCUCAACUUUUAGCAUGGUAUCUUCAUAAAGAAUAAAGUUCUUCUUUAAAAAAAAAAAAAAAAAAAAAAAUCUGCUUUAAGUAGGUUUUCCCUUCCAGGUUUUCUUAAUUAUAAGGGUUCCAAAAGUGGUAUUCUCUUGAAUUCUUGCAUUGAAAUUUUUAUUGCAGUGGUAUAGAUGAAUGCCAUCACUGGUAUCCUUAAAUUUUAUUUCUGCUCAUGAAGGUUAAUCAUGAUUGUCUAUAUAGUAAUCACUUUUGGAUUGUGUUCAGAUACAGCAGUUUCAGGUGUAAUCAUCAGAGCUGGUUAGUCAGGCAUUCCAGAUAGUGGUUCUUUUCAGAACCUUUUUUAAAGGGUUGGUUAACUACCUCAGUAGCAGAGGAUUGAACUAUACCCUGUCUGUACUGUACAUAGAAAAUCUUUGUAGAUAAAAGCAAGGCUUGUUUAAUAUGAUAUGAGGGUAAGAUAAUAUACCAAAUGUAACAUUCUUAGUUGCCUUUAGUUUCAGAGGCUUUGUAAGAUUUCCUCAUGACCAUCAUAACAGGCCUUGCUUUUGUCGUAUUUUGUGGCUGAAAAAGCAGCCUUGCUUCUUCAGAUAUUGUAGUUAUUUGGAUGUAUAAUAGUUUAGCAAGAUGUUACUUUUGUAAGACAUCAGAUGUUCAAAAAAGUACAUCAGCAACUUGUACUAAAUACUGCAGUGUCCCUUUAUAAAAGGUCAGACUAAAACUGACAAGUGUACAGUGAAGCCUGACAUUUGGAUAUUUUGAAGUUUUUCAUAAAUCAUAGAAAAUAGUAUAUGACUGUAGUUUAGCUUUUUAGGUAAAAGGUAUGUUUUCAUUAGUGCAUUUCUUAUUGCUGAUCACUGUAAAAACAUGUGGAUCAGCUUUCCAUUUUUCUUAUGUAGAUCAUGAUAACCUGUAGAGUAGAGUACAAUCAUUUGUGCUAUGUUUUUAAGUUUCUAAAGCACCUUGAUGACAGUGAGUGUUCAGUGGUAAGCAUCCUCUAUUUGAAUCACCUUUCCAAAAAAAAAUAAACAAAAAAAACCCUUGUGAAGUCCAAACUUGUGUAGGUAAAGACAAGUGAAAUUAUGAUUUAACUUGGACUUGACAAAAUGAGCUUCCCUUAUCCCCUUUCCCAAAGGGAUACUGCAGUUAUACUACAUACCCAUAGGCACCACAAUGAAAAUUGAAGCUUAUACCUAAUUAAGGUUUUAUACACACCAGUUUCCCCCAGUAAAAGCAAAUUUUAUUAAAAAAUUAGAUAUGUCAUAUGUUGAAAAUGCUCAUGGCAAACAAUCAUUUUGCAUUCCUGCAAAUAAAAUUGUUUUAUACUGUAAGCUGGAGGCGAGUGUAACUUAUUUUUGUAAUAAAGUUUUUAUUUUUUUUAUGUGUCAUUAAUAUAAAUGUGUGUUAGUACAGAGAUCUUCUGGUUUAAAAACUUAGAAUCGCACACAUUUCAGUAUGUUUACUUGUAUUUACAUAAUUUUUAGAAUAGUGGUUGCCAAUAGCCUGUAUAUUUCACAUUAAUUGAAUUUUUUGUUACCUUAAUAAACCAUUUUAGUAUGUUGUAUGUCAA